CCCACUCAACACAUUCAAAGCGGUCUCAUUCUCUUUCUCUCUCUCUCCGAGUCUCUCUAUUUGUGAAUGAAUUGCCAAACGGUUUCGUAAUAUCUGAAUGAUUCUGCUGUCACAAUUGAUUUCAAAUUCUGCAACCAAAUCAUGGGGUGGUACAAAAGAUCAAAAGCCGCAUUCGACUUGCUCCACUCCACCGCUUCCAAACUCAAACCCAGAAACCCAACUCAGAACUCCCCUCCAAGAAUCAACCACCCCAGUCCACCACCGCCGCCGCCGCCACCCACUUCAAGCAACCCACUCGUCCACAGUCUUUCUCUCUCUUCCCCGAUUUCAAGAAACUCGUGUUUCGAUUUCAGCCUCAAACAGAACCAAUACAACCCCUUUCUCUUCUCCACCCGAAGAUGCUACUCCUACUACGUGACCCGACCAGAAGCCCCGCGAUACCGGCCCAAAAGAAAAUGGUACAAGAACCCACGGACGGUGAUUACGGUGGUGUUGUUGACCUCGGGGGUGGCGAUCACCGUCUAUUUUGGGAACUUAGAGAUGGUGCCGUACACAAAACGGAAGCAUUUCGUUUUGCUACCGAAAAACAUGGAGAGGCAAAUCGGGGAGGCCCAGUUCCAGCAAAUAAAGCAAGCGUUCAAGGGGAAGAUACUACCCGGAAUCCACCCGGAAAGCGUCCGGGUAAAGUUGGUUGCCAAGGACAUCAUAGAAGCGGUGUACAGAGGGUUGAAGCGCGAGCACGCGUGGCGAGAUUUCGGGUAUGCAAUGGCGGAGGGUGGUGGCCCUAUCGCGAGGGAUGAUACGAGUGGUUUGGGUACAUUGGUUGCAAUGAGCGAAGAUGUGGAGGGGAAGUGGAGGGGAGAGGAUGAUUAUGUUGAUGAGAAGUGGGUGGAGAAGGGUAGGAAGAGGGGGAAAGGGAAAGGAAGAGAGGCUGAUACGGGGCAUUUGGAGGGGUUGAAGUGGGAGGUUUUGGUGGUGGAUGAGCCGGUUGUGAAUGCUUUUUGCUUGCCAGGAGGGAAGAUUGUGGUAUUCACUGGGUUGCUUGAGCAUUUCAGUACUGAUCCGGAGAUCGCCACCAUACUUGGUCAUGAGGUUGGGCAUGUGGUGGCUCGACAUGCGGCUGAGCAAAUUACGAAGAAUCUGUGGUUAGUCAUAUUGCAAUUGAUUCUUUUUCAGUUCCUUACGCCAGAUCUUGUCUACGCAAUGUCCACCGUUCUUCUACGACUCCCUUUCUCCCGGAGGAUGGAAACGGAGGCGGAUUACAUCGGGCUGUUUUUGAUGGCCUCAGCUAGAAAUGACCCUAGAGUGGCGCCCAAAGUGUACGAGAAGUUAGGGCAGCUCACAGGGGAUUCGCCGUUGAGAGAUUAUUUUUCUACCCAUCCUUCUGGAAAGAAGAGAGCUCAGCAUCUGGCUCAAGCCCAAGUUAUGCAAGAAGCCCUGGCCUUAUACAGGGAAGCGAUUGCCGGACAAUGGGUCCGGGGUUUUCUUCACGAAUAAGUAUAGAAUGUACUUCAUAAUAGCACCAUGAAGGAGCUGUGUACUUUGGAAAUUCUUGGUUUUCAACUUCUUUUUUCUCCGCAGUGUACAUAGCAGAUGAGAAAAUUCAAGUUGAUUUACCCAAAAAAAAAAAAGCAGAUGAGAAAAGCAAAGAUAUAGGUUCA